AUGUCUGCAGAAGACAAUGUCGAGUCCCAGUUUCAGAAACCGGGUGACUUGGUAGAGCAAGAUGAUGAUACGGGUGUAAUGCAGCUGGAGAGUCUUUGCAUGAAUUGCCAUGAAAAUGGAUUGACCAAGCUUCUACUCCUUCGAGUGCCUUUCUUCCGUGAUAUUAUCCUUGAGUCUUUCGAAUGCGAACACUGCCAUUUUAAAAACAACUCCGUCAAAUCCGCCGGCCAGAUCCAGGAGCAGGGAUCGAAAUACACACUGGAUGUCGAAAAUGAGGAUGACCUUCAGCGACAAGUCAUUCGAAGCGAUGUCUCGACCUUCAAGGUUGAAUCUUUGGGGAUUGAGAUGCCAAAGGGCGAGAGCCAACUGACGACGGUCGAAGGAGUCAUUCAAAGGAUCCACGAGUCUCUCUCCAGCGAGCAACCCCUGCGGAAAGAACAGGCCCCUGAACUCUACGAUGCACUUGAGCCGAUCAUUGAAAAGCUUCAGAAGAUCCUUGAUAGAGAGGGUUAUCCCUUCACAAUUUCCCUAGAUGAUCCUACCGGCAAUUCUUGGAUUGCCCCUACUGCCAGUGACUCAGGAAACAAAUACCGACGCCGUGAUUACCCCCGUACCCACGAACAGAACGAAGAGCUUGGAAUUACUGCCGACCCCGAUGCAGUGAAAACUGAAGGCAAAACUCUGGAAAGUGCCGAUGAUCUUGAUGACCUUGACAUUGUCGAUGGUCAGGUAUACAGUCUCCCUUCGGAAUGUCCUGGCUGCAAUAAGGCAUGCUUCGUCAAUAUGAAGAAGGUGAACAUUCCGUACUUCAAGGAAGUCUAUAUUUGGGCUACGUCCUGCGAUCACUGUGGAUACCGCACCAGCGAAGUUAAGACCGGUGGUGAAGUUCCUAAUAAGGGCAAGCGCAUCACCCUUAAGGUCGAGGAUGAAGUGGAUCUUGCUCGUGAUAUUCUGAAAUCUGACACUUGCGCGCUUCACAGUGAUGAGCUGGAGGUCACUGUUCAGCCUGGCACCUUGGGGGGCCGUUUUACUACUGUCGAGGGUCUACUUACAGAGGUCCGGGACCAGCUUCAUGGCCAGAUAUUUGACAUUGAUGACACUACCGGUAGUGGCGGUGACAGCAUGGCGGUUUCUGACAAGGAGAAAUGGGACCGCUUCUUCAGCCGUCUUGAUAGUGCCAUCAAAGGGGAGAUGAAGUUUGUCAUUACGCUGGAAGACCCAAUGGCCAACAGCUACGUCCAAGAUAUGUGUGCCCCGGCCGUCGACCCCAAAAUCACGACCGAGGAAUAUGAACGAACCGAAGAGGAAGAAGAAGAACUAGGCCUGAAGGACAUGAAGGUUGAAGGAUACGAGGCUGAUGAGCAGACGAAGGAUCAGCCUGUGGAGGAGCAGAAGUCAUGA